GAGAAAACAAAAAAUAGUCAAAAAGAAAAUAUUUGGUGGAACUCCUUCACGGAACCAAUUUAUUCCCGAAAAGCAGAAUAAUAAAGAAGCCUAGGAAAGCACAACAACACACACACUGUACCAGCAUUUCUCCACCAGGGGCGCCUCACAGAAAUACUAUUCGCCGGAAAACUUUUACCUUUUCUGGUCACUGCUCAGAGGUUUCUGGUGUCAAACAAUGAUGACAGAGUCAACUGAUGAUUCAGAGAAAGCCAAUAUUGUCCACGAGAGUCAUGUAAAGGAAGACAGUGAGUAUGUGAGGCUUGUCAUAAGAAAUGAAAGAACAGAUGAAGUUGGAACUUCACAAUUCCAAUCACAGUCCAGAAAAGAGGCUAUUGUAUGGUGGAUCAAGGCCAUUAUAUGGUGUAUUUUCACUGUGAUAAUUAUACUAGUUUCCAUAAAAUGGGGAGCGCCCUUUUUUUUUGAGAAGAUUCUAUUUCCAAUCCUACAUUGGGAAGCCACUGCAUUUGGUCGUCCAGUUCUUGCUCUCGUACUUGUAGGUUCUUUGGCACUGUUUCCAGUAUUCCUAAUUCCUUCUGGACCAUCAAUGUGGCUCGCUGGAAUGAUCUUUGGAUACGGUCUUGGAUUUGUUAUUAUAAUGGCUGGAACAACAGUUGGGAUGAUCCUGCCAUAUUUCGUUGGCUUGCUUUUCAGAGAUAGAAUUCAUCAAUGGUUGAAGAGAUGGCCUCACAUGGCGGCUAUGAUUAGACUGGUGGGAGAAGGAAGUUGGUUUCAUCAGUUCCGUGUGGUUGCGGUAUUUAGGAUUUCGCCAUUUCCGUACACAGUCUUCAAUUAUGCAGUGGUGGUGACAAAGAUGAUGUUCUGGCCUUAUUUUUGGGGAUCUAUUGCAGGAAUGAUUCCUGAAUCCUUCAUUUACAUCUACAGUGGUCGCCUAAUUAGGACAUUUGCGGAUGUACAAUAUGGGAACCAUCACUUGACUACAGUUGAGAUUGUCUAUAAUGUUAUUUCAUUCAUUAUAGCAGUCGUCACUACAGUGGCUUUCACAGUCUACGCCAAGAGGACUCUGAGGCAACUUGAAAGUGAAGAAGAAAACAAUGGCGAAGUCCCUACCUCUAACCAUGGGAGGUUAGAAUUGGAGGCUCUUCCAAUGCAAAAAUCCAAAAUUCCUAAGGUCUGUUAGAAACACUGAUGCUUUCUAGUGUUUCUGUGACCAUUCUAUUUUGGGUUGAUGAACCAGCUUUGCCAGUAUCAGCCCACAUUCUCAGAGAAGCUUCUGUUUGCUCUUCAAAUAUUCCUCUCUUAAAGGUGCUUCCCAUCUGUGUCCAAGUCAAAUAUGCACAUGUUCAAGAAUCAUCAUUGUGAAUUAGAAUGUUUUCUAUUUUGGGAUAGAAAUAUUAGAAGACGGUGUGGAAGAACUAUUUACCUGUGUGACAAGAGCAUAUAAGGGCAAAGUACUGUAACUGCAAAGAACUUGAACAAUCACCCUGUCACACCACAAAAUUUACAUGGUCACUUUCAGCCAGAAACAUAUUACUACUACUGUUUCUCGAGGAAUAACAAAUAUCUCUAUGGGAUUUGAGGAGUUUACCCAAUAACAA